UUCUUGAGUAAUCGUUUUAUGGUGCAACAUUCAGUGAGGUAAAAGUUUUGCAAUUUGCUUUUGUGCAAGGGGCCCGUGAUAAAAUGGUGACAAAGGAAUCACAGACCUCCUGAGAGACAAUUCUGAUUGCGAUGUUGUGUAAUUGUGAGGAAUCUCCCUUGAGGACUACGUGAAAACUGUGAAAAAUUGUGGAAAAACUUCGUCUUCAUUCUCCAUCUUUGCUCUUUGUUGACAUCUUCUGCUUCAGUGCGAGAGAUUCUGUGGAUUCAUUGAAAUUCUCCAGAAACCUUCAGUGCCCUCUUUGAAAAUCCCUUCGGGAAGUAGCCAGAGACGCCCUCGGAAGGCGUCCUGGUAGGAGACUGAGAUUGGAGGCCAAUUGGGAUUGGGGUACUUUCGAACAACAUGGCCUUUGUGUAGUGCUCAAAGUGACAACAUUUCCCCAAAAGCAACUUCAUCUUUUUUUUGUUUAUUCGCCUGAGGAGUCACAAAAGACGUCCAAUAAAUCCCUAAAAUGGCUGAUUUCGAUGCGAUCUACGAGGAGGAGAUCAUUGAUGAGAACCUGGAAGAUCAGAUGCAUGUGACUCUCGUUCCGGAACCAAUUGUUAUACGUGGUGCGGGCAAUAUGACAGUAUUUGGCCUGAGCAAUCGCUUCAACAGUGAAUUUCCGUCUGGAUUGGUGUCCAGGGUGGCGCCAGAGGAGUUCAAGGCUACUAUCUCGCGUAUCAAUGCUGUGUUAAAAAAGACCCUACCAAUGAAUGUGAAAUGGCUCUUUUGCGGCUGCAUCUGCUGCUGCUGUACACUAGGAUGCUCCUUAUGGCCUGUGAUAUGUCUGAGCAAACGUACGCAAAACACUUUGGACAAACUCCUUGAAUGGGAAAACAGUCACUUGUACCAGAAAUUAGGCCUCUUUUGGCGUCUCACAAAGCAACAGUGCGACUCCAAUUCAAUGAUGGAAUAUGUCCUGCUCAUAGAGUUUAUACCCAAGAUACCGAUCUAUCGACCCGACUAAAUCGGCCAUUUGGUAACAAUUUUGUUUAGCCCUCUUCUUUGCAAUUGGCAGUGUGUACACCCAAUCACCUAAUGAAGGAAUACCAAUUGAGAUUAGGAUAAAAACUGUUGAGUGAAUGUAAAUACUAGCGACAGCUGAAAGGAUAAGAGUUUAUUGAGCCCAAUUGACAAUACUGAUUCAAACGUAAAAAUUCCACCCAAUUCUGUUCAUUUUUUUUAAAAAAAAAAUUUAUUAAAUUUAAAGCUGCAGAGUUACUGAUUUUCAGGAUUUUACCAUAAAAUUUUAUUUUUCAGAACCUUUUGGGAAAUACCGCAUAACCGAAUUCUCAAACAAAUAUUUAUUUACAAUACUCACAAGGUAAUUUUUUUUUCACAGAGCUCAGUAAAACAGCUUUCGUAAUUUAGUCUGAUCACUCUUGCUAUGAUAACAAUUUUUUUUAAAAGAAGUGAAGUUGGUCAAAUGAAUCCCGAAACGAAUUGAAGACGUUAUCAAAAUAUAUUGGAAUUUGAGUAAAUAAAAAAAAAAUAGAUUUUUUAUUUUCAAAAAUAGAAGUAAAAUAAUUAUUUUCUUAGUGUUAAUGUUUAGAAAUGAUAUAAAUAAGCUGAAGUGUAUAAAGUGGGAAAUGAUGGCUGAGAUUUAAUUGUAAUGAAAAUUGUUAAAGUUAAAAGAUGUAUAUCACUUAUUCAAAGUUAUAGAGGCUUAAAUCCACCCAGAAUUUUAGUUUGGACAGCACAGCAAGAAAUUCUAAGCUCUUCACUCAAAGUAAACUUGAAAGUCAAAUUUGUGUCCCUGUAAUUUCGAAUAAGCGAUAUUAUAAUUUAUUGAGGCUGACUAAUUGCUAAUCUUAAUUACACCUACACCCAGUAGCUCUACAAAAAAAACAGCUACAAUCAAUUAUUUUUUAAACUAAUACCCUGGAAUCUUUUUUUUUCUAUAAAAUAAUUUAACAGUGAUAUUUUUUUUAAAGUAAUAAAUAUCUACAAAAAGAAAACUCCAGUGGAGGAAAGUUCCUUUGUAAAAGAACGAUAAGAAUCUGAAAUAUCACUUAAAUUUCUGAUUUUUUAUUUAAUAAAAAAAUAACUUGACGAAUGGAAGGAAAGAUCAAUUGAAAGUAUUUGCUUAAAAAAGAGCAAGGCGAGGCAAGAAAAUUUAUUUUUCAGAGCUGUUUUUACACUAAUAGCCUUCACAAAAAUAAGGAUUGAGAACACUAAAUUCGAAAAAAUUGGUAAAAUAAAA